AUGGAAAUAUGGUAUAGGAAGGGUGGAACCCAUGGUGUAGGUGAGCUUGAACUUAUCAGCUCUGAUGCUAAACUGAGUCAAGCAUCUUUUGGGUGCCAAGGUUUGGAUGGCGCAGACAAUUAUGCAGAGGUGCAACACAAUGUUCAGGUGGAAGAUGAAAUUGAGGUGCAAGACAAAAAUAAAGAUGAAGCUGAGGUUGUAGACAGUGAAGAAGAUGAUGGAGAAUUUGUUGAUAGUGAUUACGAGUUCAGUGAAGAAGAAUUUGGGUUGAAGACAAUUGAAGUGCCUGUUCAUGAAGGGGCCCACUUUUGA